AUGCAAUUGACGCAAGUUGUAACGGUACUGCUGUGUUUGGCCUUCAAUGCCGCUGCUUUCAGUGUCAAGAAUGGGAAAAUACUCUCGUCUGACAACCAAGAGGCUGCCAGGUUCAGAUCGCUACAGGAAAAGCCAAGCGAGCCAAUAAUUGUUAGCAGUGGUGCGGAAAGUGUGGCAUUUUCCUUCUCGUUGGUCGACUACGAGACGGUUCCAGAACAGCUUUCGUUACUAAUUGGUGUUCCAGAGAAGCAUCUAGAGAUUGCAUUGAAGCCAACUGUGGAGACUCAGGGGGACUCGAAGGCCUCAGUGACCUUCAAAAUUACUCCUAAAGAUCUCCCAUCAUCGCUUCAGUAUUACGCGAAAAAGGAUAACGCUGGGAAGUUGUGUGCCACACUGAUAGUGGCCAGUCCAGAUACCCGUCAGGACAAUUUCGUCUCUGACGUGUUUGAUUUGUUAUUGGACUAUGAAAUUGGCAGUGCUUACAAUGAGCCAGAGAGACUAGGUCCACAACGGGAGAUCCGUUACACUUUCCCAGAGCCACCCAAGAUGGUAUCCCCAAUUGUAGCGCAACUGUUUGCCGUCGUUAUUGUGCUUGUAGGGUUCUCCUUAUUUGUUUCCUGGGUGGUGACUGGCUGUAUCACAUUCGACAACAUCCCCAAGGGUCUCAACUUCGUUUAUUUCGUUGCCACAGUUGGCUCAAUUGCCGGGUUUGAAGCAGUCUUUACUAGGUACUACCUUGGCACGAGCAUCUUCGACACUUUGCAUGCGGCGAUGUAUUUGGGCACAAUUGGGUUAGUUAUGGGCACCAAGUUUCUAAGAAACGUAGGUCCGAAUAUCUGA